AGCACGGGAGAGAAACUCCAGGAAAACGGACGGAGCUGGCGCACGAUGCAACAGGACGACGUUACGUUCUGGCUUGAAGGGGAAACUUUGUAUGGACAUGAGGAUAUUUUGGGUUAAUUAGCUUUUCCUGACAGAAAAGCCGGACUCCUAAGAGACCAAGAGGCGUUUGCGGUCAAUUGCUUCCCCGUUUAUAGCCACGGGGCUUUAUUUUCGUUUGUUUUUGCUUUUCAUAACCGUUUUCCACCUUAAUUAAACAUGACUGAACUUCCAAUUUGACUCUUGCCGCACCUUUUGAAAAAUGCGCAUCGACCACUGAGGAGAGGAGGGGCUCGGCGAAGCCCGCCAAUGUUCACCUUUUGUCGGCACCUCAGAGCGAGCUGUUAAAAGUAUUUUCUUUUUUCCUUUUCUUGUCAUUUUUCAUUUUUUUCUGAACCACGAGCUCCGGUGGGAAAAUAAAGCAAGAAACAUGGCAGAGCACGAGAGCCUGGAGUUUGGAAAAGCGGAUUUCGUGCUGCUGGACAACGUGUCCAUGGAGGAGUUCAUGGCUAACCUGAAACUCAGGUUUGAGAAGGGCAGGAUCUACACCUACAUCGGAGAGGUGGUCGUGUCUGUCAAUCCUUACCGCGCAAUGAACAUCUACGGCCGCGACGUCAUAGAGCAGUACAAGGGCCGUGAGCUGUACGAGAGGCCGCCCCACCUCUUUGCCAUCGCCGACGCCGCCUACAAAGCCAUGAAGAGGAGGAACAAAGACACUUGUAUUGUCAUCUCAGGGGAAAGUGGAGCAGGAAAGACAGAGGCCAGCAAGUAUAUAAUGCAAUACAUUGCUGCUAUCACCAAUCCCAAUCAGAGGGCUGAAGUUGAAAGGGUGAAAAACAUGCUGCUUAAAUCCAACUGCGUCCUGGAGGCCUUCGGGAACGCCAAGACCAACCGCAACGACAACUCCAGCCGCUUUGGCAAGUACAUGGACAUCAACUUUGACUUCAAGGGAGAUCCCAUCGGAGGCCACAUCAACAACUACCUGCUGGAAAAGUCCAGGGUGAUUUUCCAACAAGGAGGAGAGAGAAGCUUCCAUUCAUUCUACCAGCUGCUGAGAGGAGCUCCCGAUUCCUUGUUACGCUCUAUUCACAUCCAGAAGGACCCGACGGCCUACAACUACAUCAAAGUUGGAGGCCAGAUUAAGUCUUGCAUCAACGAUGGGGCUGAUUUCAAAGCUGUAAGCGAUGCUAUGAAGGUGAUCGGUUUCACAGGGGACGAGGUUCAGACUGUUUACAAGAUCCUGGCCACCAUCCUACAUCUGGGGAACCUGACGUUCGGGGUGGACGGUGACGUGACCUUGAUAGAGAACACCAAGCUGGUGUCGGUGAUCAGGGAGCUGCUGUCCACCAAGGAGGAGAAUGUGGAGAAGGCCCUGCUCUACCGCACUGUGGCCACGGGUCGCGAUGUCAUCGAGAAGCAGCACACGGCGCAAGAAGCCAGCUACGGACGAGACGCCCUGGCCAAGGCCAUGUAUGAGCGUCUGUUCUGCUGGAUUGUGGGACGAAUCAACGGCAUAAUCGAGGUGAAAAACUACGAUGCCAGAGUCCACGGGAAGAACACGGUCAUCGGGGUGCUGGACAUCUACGGCUUCGAGAUUUUCCAGAACAACAGCUUUGAACAGUUCUGCAUCAACUACUGUAACGAAAAGCUGCAGCAGCUGUUCAUCCAGCUUGUGCUAAAGCAGGAACAGGAGGAGUAUCAGAGGGAAGGAAUCCCGUGGAAGCAUAUUGAUUACUUCAAUAACCAGAUCAUCGUGGACUUGGUGGAGCAGCAGCACAAGGGCAUCUUCUCGGUUCUGGAUGAGGCCUGCAUGAACGUGGGCAAAGUCACAGAUGAGGUUUUCCUCCAAGGACUCAACGGCAAGCUGGCCAAACACGCCCACUACACCAGCCGCAAGCUCUGUCCAACCGAUAAGAGUUUGGAGUUUGACAGAGACUUUCGCAUCAGGCACUAUGCUGGAGAUGUGGUGUACUCAGUGACGGGUUUUAUUGAUAAGAACAAAGACACUCUAUUCCAGGAUUUCAAGAGACUGCUCUACAACAGUUCUAACCCGGUUCUGAAGGGGAUGUGGCCCGAGGGCAAACUGAGCAUCACGGAGGUCACCAAACGGCCGCUGACGGCUGCGACUCUCUUCAAAAACUCCAUGAUCUCGCUGGUGGAGAACCUGGCCUGCAAGGAGCCCUACUAUGUCCGCUGCAUCAAGCCCAAUGACGUCAAGUCCCCUCUGCUGUUCGAGCAGGAGCGCUGCCGCCAUCAGGUGGAGUACCUCGGCCUGCUGGAGAACGUCAGGGUGCGGCGUGCCGGCUUCGCCUACAGACAGACAUAUCCUCGCUUCCUACAGAGAUACAAGAUGAUCUCAGAGUUUACGUGGCCCAACCAUGACCUGCCAUCAGACAGAGAUGCCGUGAAGAGGCUCAUGCAGGGUUGUGGAUUUGACCACGACGUGGCCUACGGCAAAACCAAGGUCUUCAUCCGCACGCCACGUACCCUCUUCAGCCUGGAGGAGCAGAGAGCCGAGAUGGUCCAAAGAAUCGUCCUCUUCCUCCAGAAGGUGUGGAGGGGCACCAUAGCCAGAAUGCGUUACCGGCGGAUGCGAGCGGCCCUCGUCAUCCUCCAGGCUUACCGCCGCUACAAGGUCAAGUCCUACAUCCGCGAGGUCAACCGUCGCUUCAAAAACGUGAGGUCCAUGAAGGACUACGGCAGACACGUGAAGUGGCCGACGCCCCCCAAAGUCCUGCGCAAGUUUGAAGAGGCACUCAGGAGCAUCUACAACAGGUGGUGGGCAUGGACACUGAUCAAAGGCCUUUCUCCAGAGGAGGCCCUGCAGGUGAGGGCCAAGGUAGCCUGCCUGGAGGCCCUGAAGGGCCAGAGGGCUGACUUGGGCCUGCAAAGGGCCUGGGAAGGAAACUAUCUGAAGCGAGACAGCCCCGACACGGCAGCAUCGUUCACACUCGUCUCCAGCGAGCUGCAGCGGAAGGACAAAUUCAUGAGGGUUCUGUUCUCCUGCAACGUGCGCAAGAUCAACCGUUUCCACAAGGCGGAGAACAGGACUGUGCUCAUCACUGACCGCCACCUGUACAAGAUGGACCCCCUGAAGCAGUACAAGCCCAUGAAGAGCAUCCCCCUCUACAACGUGACGGGACUGAGCGUGUCCCCUGGGAAGGACCAGCUGGUCGUGUUCCACACCAAGGACAGCAGGGAUCUGGUGGUGUGCCUGCAGGGCAUGGUCCCGGCCAGUGAGAGCCGCAUCGGGGAGCUGGUUGGCACCCUGCUUAGCCACUUCAAGAGUGAGAAGAGGAAGCUGCAGGUGAACAUCGCGAGCCCCAUCCAGUGCAGCAUGAACGGGAGGAAGUGCACGGUCAUUGUCGAGCCCAAGAUCAACCAGUCGCAGCCAGACUUCACCAAGAGCCGGUCUGGUUACAUCCUGGCGGUUCCUGGCAACUAAAAUGGGCCGGGGGGGCGGCAGUUAGCUGAUUUCAAACCAGGCCGGGAUGAUGAUGAUGACGAGGAUGAUGACGACUCACUUCUCAUGUUUUUUCUUUAUUUACAGAACUGCUGAUAGUUGGGUUGGGGUGAUUGAACCCUCAAAUUGCAAAACCAUGCCAAAUUUGACUUGUUUUGUAGAUUUCUAAGUGUACAAUACCCCUAUAUGCAAAACGUUAGCGAAACAGGUUUAAAAAAAAAAAACAUGCACUACAAGAUAAUCCACCGAAGUGGUGGUCUUUCUUUUAAAAUCUCCAAAUCUCACUCUUCAAAAGAUUUGCUUUGUGCAAUAUUUAGUUUAUUGUGGAUUUAUUAUUUUAAGUCAAGGUGAGAGGACAUUGUGUGGCAACCCAGAACCACUGAUGUUGCAUAAUAGGUGGGGGGGGGAUCUAAAGCCUUUGCAGGAAUUCAUAAUCCCUGCGGCUCCGUGUGUAGGAGCCAGAUCAAAGUGAAACCCUAAAAAAAAUGAAGUACAAUGAUAUUUGUGUGUGACUGAUUUUUCAGAUACUUAGACAGCUUUGAUUAUCUGCUUUAAAAAUAGAAGAGGAGGCUAGACGUGGAUAUAUUCUGAGGAAUAGUGAUGAACUUAACUGAAGACUUACCUACCGAGGUGGUAAAUGAAAGGAAACCGUAGCGUCCACUUUUACUUCAUUAAAUGUUUACAAUCACGUACGGGAACAGCGAGUGAGAAAAUGUGAUUCAGUAGUUCAGCCAGUGUCUGAUGCACAAAUUCCAAAUCUAAUUCACUGUUAGUUUUGUUAGUCACAGGAUGUUAAGUAGGAUGUGUUGAGCAUAUCCAGAACAUCGCAACCCGCCUCACGCAAAGCGCUAAAAUCUAUUAAUUUAAAUCCUGCGUCUUAUACUCUCUACUGCCAUGUCUGUACUUUUAUAAUACACUCAUACUGCUUAUAUAUUAAAAGUUAGAACAUGCUCUAUUUGAGCAGCAUAAGAUCACAAACAUGUGUAUGCACAGCACCUAUACUACAUUUUUAGUGUACAUAGGGUGGCUAUAACUAAUACUGAAUAAUACUGUAGAGGGCAAAUAUGGAGAUGAUAACUAAAGCAUUACCUUUUUCCAAGAUGUAUUUUUAGUUCGUAUUCUCUUAAAAUGUAAGACUUAAUGCUUUAGCUUAGCGAGAGAGUGAUGCUGGCCCGGACUGUGUGAUCACACGUGAACUGCAGCCCCCGAGCGUCGUCUCAUUUGCCGUCUUUGUGUUAAGUGAAUAGCCUAAUGACUUCUAGUGGUCCUUAGUCCUUUUGGAAUAGUCGUCCACUUGACAAAUUUCCCCUCCAUCGGAGAGAGAGAGAGUGUGUGUGUGUGUGUGUGAGUGCAACAGUGGGAGUGUGUGUACUGCACGUGCGUUGAUAAGCUCUUUUAGCUCUCCUCUUCUUGGCUCGGAGCCUGGCUAGUGGCCACAGUGAGGGAGUGGAGACCGAGGGGUGGGAAGUCGGUAAUCAGACUGCUGUCCUACUUCAGCUCCCUGUCUAAUGAUGGGAAUGACUUUUUGUGUGAACGCUGGGCCGUUGGGAGACUCCGUUCCCAUCUGAGCUUGCUAAAUUCCCUUCGCUCUUCUCGAGCCAAAUCAAACUAAGCACAUCAUCAGCACUUGAACACUCAGAGAUUGGUUCGCACUGUUCUCACAAGCUGUCGGCUGUGUUUUUGUCCUUUGCUUAGUCUUAGUACAUUACAGUAGGUUCUUCCAACCAUUGCAAAUAUUUGUGGCAACACAAAAGCUCACAAGUUAAAGAUAUCUGGCUUUAUACUAUGUCUUUAAUAUGAAUAUCCAUCCUCUGAUUGAGUGCAUAAGGCAUAAAUAUCUGUUGUUUUUUAAAUAUAUAUAUAUAUAAUUUUUUUUUUGCUGCUCUAUUAUCAACCAAAUCAUUGUGAGGUUAAAAAUCAAUUCAUGACCUUGGAAACAGCGGUUGACCAAACAAUCUCACUGCAAAGGGCCAUUUACUAGCUGUUCUGGAGCUGUCGGUCAUAUGACUUGAGAUUCAUCAGCAAACGGAGUUCACCCAGUUGUCAAGGAAAUGCAGAUGUUCCAUUUUUUUCAAACAUUUAAAAGACGCGGUCCCACCAGAGAGUGGCAGAGCGAAACUCAUCCACGUGUCUCGGGGAAAUAUGUGUUUCUAGAAGCUGGGUGACUAGAAGCUGGCUAUUUGUAGGACUCAGGGAAUCACUGGGGGCGUUGAGCUAACUGCUAAUAUGCUAGCCCGCAGGGAUAAUGAGACUGAAAAAUGUAAGAGGUAGCACGAAUAAGUUACAACGGCUGUCCGAGGCACUUUGCUCUCAGUAUUGUACACCAUUUCAUUCAAUAAAUGAAGGGGGGAAAGCUCUCCGAGCUAGCAAGCUUGCUAAAUGCAAGUUAGAAAACAAGCUAACUGUCAGUUAGUGAGCUCAUUAGCUCAGCCACUGACGGGAUAGUAUGUUCACCAAGUUUAGUCAGAGGACCUUCUUAUACCAUAGACGUCUGUCUAAAAACUACUAGCAAACCAAAAAAAAAAAACGACCAUAGUUUCCUCCUUUUUGGUCUCUCUGGCUCUCCAUUCCCUCAAAGGUCAGCGCUAUCAAGACGGAUUGCCGCUGAAAAACUGUCAUAAUUCACCAAAGUCUAACACAACUUUAAAAAAAGCUACAUAGUUAAUAGUUAUAUAGUUAGAAAGUUAUACUUUGCCAACUGAAAUGAACUGAUUUUCGAUUUUCCCUAAACUUAGACGUUGAUUGAUUCUUAACAUGCUCAUAAAAUGUACUAAAAAUGAUACACAUCCAUGACAAUUAAGAAAACUCCAUCUGCUGAUUUUAAGAUCGUGUGACGUGAUCGAAAGCUCCAGAACAGCUGCUAAAUGGACCUGGUGGUGAGACGGUCUUCUCAACAUCUGAUCCCAGGUCAAGAAUUAACUUUGAACCCGCAGCUUUAAAGCCAACAUGGAAAAAAAAAAGCACUAAGUGGUCAGAAUAAAGAAAAUAAUUUCCCCACCUACAGUUUCGUGACAACUGGGCAAACGCCAUCUACUAAUGAGGAUCAUGUGAUUAUGGUUGAAGGCUCCAGAACGGCAGAUUGAUUAUUGCAUCUAUAUAGAACAUCCUCGUUGCUGAACAUGGGAGGAAUUGACACGUGGACGGAUGAUUUCGUUUGCUUGAUGUCGAGGUCACGAUGAGGUGACAGUAAAUGGCACUAAUUGUUAGGACGAGCGAACCAACAUUGUAUCACCUCUGGUACCCUUGUCUGCACUGCCUCUGUGUAAAGAACAUUCGCUGUGGGCUGAGGAACGACAGCCAAAGGUUACGAACCGGCGCUCCCUCGGUGUCUGGCCUGGCUGAAGAGGCAGGGUCACUCUCGUCAACCUCACUGCAACAGGAAGGAAGACGUGUUAGCGGCCAUUUUCGCCGCGGUAGCACGAACCCUCUAAUUGCGCCCGAGCGCUGUCUGAACAGGUCGCUUAUCUUAAUUAGUCUUUUGAAGAAGCAAAUCUCCACUCUACCUCGCAGCUUUGUGGUGGAUGACCUUGUCCUGUUGUUGGAUUGAGGCGCUUUGACGCAGAAAAGAGCUGUUUGGGGAAAAUGGUGCAUUCGUAGUGCGGAUUAAGGAAGUGACAUUGGCAGCGUUAAUAGACGGUUUUCAGUGGUGCAGUGGCCGCCUGUGAUGAGUGUGUGUGUGUGUGUGUGUGUGUGGACUGUAACGCUGCAGCUCUCCAUAUCCCUCAGCAUAGUAAUCUCUCACUGGGCUUCUCCUAUCCUCCUUUCUGCUCGGCUAUUCACCGCUUAUCAUUAGGAUGGACUCCGUGUCACUUCUCACUUCAGCGCUUCUCUCUUUGCUUUCUUAAGGCAAAAGGGGGGUUGGUGAACAAAGCCUCGCUUGGCCUCCUCUCCUCCUUCUGCCUUCUUUUUUCCUCCCCCCCUCCUUUUCCCACCUCCCUUCCCCUGUCAAUUCGCUUGGCUCCUCGCCCAGCUGGACUGACUGUACCACCCUGCAGGGCAGUGAAGCCUCUCCUGUUUUUGUGAUGGUUUUGUUUUGUUUUUUUUUUUUUUCCUUCAGCCGUCCUGUGCCCAGGAGGCAUAGAAAUGGAAGGGGAAACGUACACCAGCAACAGCACAUGUCUAACAAUAGGAAUAUCAUACAGCAACAAAAAUGUGAUAGAAAAAUGAGACAAAUCUGAGAAUAUUAACCAGAAAUGUAAAUAACGUGGAACUAAAGCCUAUCAGAGGAGAAGGAUGGUGUUAUGUUGUGGUGUAAAAAUCCCAGGCUUGACCUAAUUGCCCCUUUAUAAGGGGGCAUGAGGGAAUUUCGGAUACCAAGCUGAACACUUCGUGACUUGUGCCAUUGUGUUCCUACCUUCGCCCUCCUCUAUAGUGAGAGUUUAUGAAGUACAUUCCUCCAGUUUUCAGUGCUUUUGUUCCAGAUGUAUUUGAUUCUCUCAUCAAGACCGUCCAUGUUAGCCAAAGGGUAAAAAAUUCCAUUUUCUUUUCUAUAAUUUAUUCUGCGGCUUUAAGCAAAAUCUGUAUGUAUGCACCAUUCAUUCAUUAUGUGCCUAAUUUUAUAUUAAGGAUCUAUUUUGCAUAUUUGUGUAAUAUUUCACUAUUGCAUACCAUAAAUAUACUGUAAUAUCCAGACCAAGUCUAAAGGGAACUGUUGUAAUACUGUUUUGUGCAAAUGUAUUCUGUAUAAAUGCAGAUUAUGCAUUCCAUGAUGAUCCAUAAUGAAAAAUAUUUCAUUAAUCAUUUUAUUAAUAAAUUUA